UCUCUGCCCCCUCCGGCAACUCAGGAGAGAGCGCGGCUCCUACCCGGCGGCGGUGAAGCCGCGACGAUCCAACGGAGCAGAGGCGCCAUGGCUGCUCCCGAAGCGCCCGCAUGCUACGUCGGGAUCGCGCGGCAGUCCGCCGCCUUCCGCCUUAUGAAACAAAUGGGAUGGGAAGAAGGUGAAGGCCUUGGCAAAGACAAGCAAGGCAUAAAGGGUCAUGUUAGGGUGAAAAACAAGCAGGACACACUAGGUGUUGGUGUAGAUAGCCCUCAUAACAAAUGGGUAUACGAUACCACCCAAUUUGACAACAUAUUGAAGAAACUGAAAGUGCAAUCAGCUAAUCCUGUUCAAGAAGAGGUUGCAGCUGUAGAAAGUGAUUCACCUGACAUCACACCCAAGAAAGACAAAUCAGCAAAACAUGAAGUUACUAAAGUUACUCGACCUCAAGGAAGAUACAAGAAAAGAGAGAGGGGGAAAAGUGUGAACUCUUAUUCAGCAACAGAUCUUCAAGGCAUACUCGUACGCAAAAAUGAAGAUAAUUCCAAAGUGGAUCAGAAACUUGAACCGACAUGCUUGGAUGAACCUGAUCCCAUCAUCUGUUUGGAUGCAGUAUCCCAAGCUGAUGAUGUGAACUGGUGGGGGCACAAGUUUGGAUUUUUAUCAGGAGGGUUUCUAGGAGCAAAAUCCCGUAAAAAUAAAUCUUCACAAAAAGAUCUUGCUAAUGUCCGCCAGACAUUUGCAGAGGAAGAUCAAGAAAAUUUGUACAAUCUUGUUCAGGAUAAAGCUACUUCUGGAAAGCAGGGUCUUGGCAUCAAAGGCCUGCCAAUGAAAGUUGCUGGCCAACGUUGGAAGGGAAACAAAACUUCGUUUGUUGAUAGUGAUGAUGAUAAUUCAGCCCAGUCCGAUGAGUAUUCAGAAAUCGAAGAGAAUGGCGAUGAGGAAGAACAUAUCAGUGCUUCUGAAUCAAUAGACACAGAUAAGAAUGCAGACAAAGAAUUGCUUGUGGAUGCUAGACCCAAAACCAAGGUCAAGAAACUUUGCAAAAGAAUACUUCGUCAGGCCCCAUCUCAGUCAAUGAAAUUGAAGGAUCUUAAGGUCGCCGUUGAGGAACACUCAAAUGUUGUAUUUUCCAGCUUCUCUGGUAGACGCGAAGCCCUGUUGUUUUUGAAGAAAAAGCUUCAAGGAAGCAGGAAAUUCAAUGUGGACGGCAAGAAAGUUCAGCUCGUGUCAUGAAAGCCAAGCAAAUAGGAAUUCUUUACGUUGUUGGUGUCCAGCACUCGUAUUUGUUGUUGCUCGAGGUUCCAAACAGAUGUAGGAGCACAUUGAGCUAUGUAGUACUAGUACUGGUAUAGAUAAAUAGUCAAAACCUAUCGCAGAUGCGGAGGUAAAAUUUUGCAAAUUUUCGUGAGGGGCAGAGUUCCUAAUUUGUGUGCGGCGCAUUCGAUGUAACCGUGGCUUAUUUGUUUUGCAUGAGAUGUGCAAACUGCAAUGCUAUGUAUUGCUCGUAAAUUAUGUCUAUGGAUUCACAUAAUUGGAGUAUUAAGGCAUGUAAAAUCUAAUUAAACGAGGGGUCUUUAGGGGGCUAAUUAUAAAAAAUCAAGA